AUGCGCGUCUGCCCAGCCUGUGCAUCGGGCGAUCUGAAUUCGACGUCGAUCCGAGACCGUAUAACUUGGGCUCCGUUGCAUGUGGCCCCAUCGCUUCAGAUACCUCGGGCUCCCCACCCGAGAGGCAUGGCCUUUGCAGAGGACCGUCUCUGUCCCUCGCACCUCCCCGAGAGACCUGCGCCGGCGCCCUGCUCUGUGCACGGGCGCCCGUGCCUCCGAAAGCGUGCGCGGUGCUGCUCUGCGCCUCGAUUUCGUCGGCCGACGGGCAAACGCUGUGCAGGAUUUUCCAGCGACUGGCCCCGCAUAGGGGGAGGCCGCAACGGGCGCGCCCCCUGCAAGCGGCAGGCGGUGCAGGAGGAGGAG